AUGCGGGGGCUGGGCGGGGAGGGCCUGGGCGGCCCAGGGGGCGGGGCGAAGGCGGCCCAGGGGGCGGGGCGAAGGCGGCCCAGGGGGCGGGGCGAGGGCGGGGUGAACGGCCGCCCCCAGGCCCGGGGCCAGUGCGGGGCGUGUGGAGUUUGGGCCGCGUUCGCCGCUCGGCCGCAGUUCGGGUGCCGCCGCCACCCUCGUCCAGGUUCCUACGUAGACCCGGCCCCGUCCGGCCGGAGUGAGAGCGAGGCCCUGGAGCAGCCACCGUCCCCACCACCGCCGACACUGGCGACGGCGGCGCAGACAUCGCCGAGGAUGGGGAAAAUGAGUGUCCCCAACCGUCGCCUAGCCAGCGUCCGCGGUGUGCCCGUGUCAUCGCCUCCCGGGCGCCGCGCCCGCCUGUCGUCUCCCGGGACCAGCCAGCAGCCCCCUGAGGCCCGGGAGGAGAUGCGGCGCCGCGUCAAGAACCUCAUCGAGGGGAGCCGAGUGAUGAUCUUCAGCAAGACCUACUGCCCGCACAGCUCCCGGGUGAAAGAACUCUUUUCUUCUCUGGGAGUCGACUGUAACAUCUUGGAACUUGAUCAAGUUGAUGAUGGGAUCCGUGUUCAAGAAAUGCUGACAGAAAUCACUAAUCAGAAGACCGUGCCCAACAUUUUUGUGAAUAGAGUGCACGUGGGAGGAUGUGACAAGACUUUCCAGGCACAUCACAGCGGGCUGUUACAGAAGCUCCUACAGGAAGGCUCGGCAAAUGAUUAUGAUCUCAUUGUCAUUGGUGGUGGUUCUGGUGGCCUCUCGUGUGCAAAGGAAGCAGCCAUUUUGGGAAAGAAAGUCAUGGUCCUGGACUUUGUGGUCCCUUCCCCUCAGGGCACAUCCUGGGGCCUUGGUGGCACUUGUGUGAAUGUUGGCUGUAUUCCUAAGAAACUGAUGCACCAGGCUGCCCUUCUAGGACAGGCCUUGCGGGACUCAAGGAAAUUUGGCUGGGAGUAUAACCAACAGGUGAAGCACAACUGGAGCACCCUGACAGAGGCCAUUCAGAACCACAUCGGCUCUCUCAACUGGAGCUACAGGUUGUCGCUGAGGGAAAAGGGAGUGACCUAUGUCAAUGCCUACGGGGAAUUUGUGGACCAUCAUAAAAUCAAGGCAACCAAUAAAAAAGGACAGGAAAGUUAUUUUUCUGCUUCAAAGUUUGUCAUAGCAACCGGUGAAAGGCCACGGUACUUGGGCAUCCAAGGCGAUAAAGAAUACUGCAUUACGAGUGACGACCUGUUCUCUCUGCCUCACUGCCCCGGCAAGACCUUAGUGGUGGGUGCCUCUUACGUCGCCCUGGAGUGCGCAGGCUUUCUUGCGGGCUUUGGCCUAGAAGUGACAGUUAUGGUGCGUUCAAUCCUUCUUCGCGGCUUUGAUCAAGAGAUGGCAGAGAAAGUGGGUUCCUACAUGGAGAGACAUGGCGUUAAGUUCUUGAGGAAAUUCGUCCCCGUGAAGAUUCAGCAGCUGGAGAGAGGCUCACCUGGAAAGCUGAAAGUAUGGGCCAAAUCCACUGAAGGACCGGAAACCAUCGAGGAGGUGUACAACACAGUCCUGCUAGCCAUUGGCCGUGACUCCUGUACAAGGAAAUUAGGCUUGGAGAAGAUUGGUGUCAAAAUCAAUGAGAAGAAUGGCAAGAUCCCAGUGAAUGAUAUGGAACAGACCAACGUGCCCCACGUCUAUGCCAUCGGCGACGUUUUGGAGGGCAGACCAGAGCUGACUCCUGUAGCCAUCCAGGCAGGCAAGCUGCUAGCUCGCAGGCUCUUUGGGGCCUCGUCAGAAAAAUGUGAUUAUAUGAGCGUUCCAACUGCCGUGUUCACACCUCUGGAAUAUGGCUGCUGUGGACUGUCAGAAGAAAAAGCUAUUGAAGUGUAUAAAAAAGAGAAUCUAGAAGUGUACCACACUCUAUUCUGGCCUCUUGAAUGGACAAUAGCCGGCAGAGACAAUAACACUUGUUAUGCGAAGAUAAUCUGCAACAAAUUUGACAGUGAUCGAGUGAUAGGAUUUCAUAUUCUUGGACCAAACGCCGGUGAGAUUACCCAAGGAUUCGCAGCCGCCAUGAAGUGUGGGCUCACCAAACAGCUGCUGGAUGGCACCAUCGGAAUCCACCCCACAUGUGGGGAGGUCUUCACAACUCUGGAAAUCACAAAGUCAUCAGGACUGGACAUCACCCAGAAGGGCUGCUGAGGGUAGCCCUGCUGCUGCCAAGUUCUCCUUGUCUGUUGUCAUUCCUUUCAAUGACAAUAAUGCUCUGUGCCCAGGACACCCGCUCUGUUGCUGGGGGACCAGUACAGGGCUCUGGAGGGCACAGAGAUGAGAAGGCGGACAGGGGGACAGGUCAGCAGCAGGGGACUACGGUCGUCUCGGCUGACGUGAGUGGCAGUUAGGCUGCGUCCUUGACGCCCUGGCUCGGAACCCUCUGGUGAGGUGAGCCAGGGCCGACCCUCUUGCGUCAGACUGGACCUUGCCACCAGCACACCGUGAGUGGCACAGUAACCUAAGCUAACUUUUCCACACUUGGUACUGUUUUUAUUCCUGCUUUGUUACUUCUAUGAAGAAAUUUUUUUUCAAUUGUGAAACUGGCUGGGAAAGGCCAUUUUCCUGGGUGUGGGCUUGGGUUGCACCUGCACGCCUGCGUGGGUGACAUCUGGGAGAUGCAUUGGAGUAGCUGGCUGCAGAGGACUGGGGACAUUAGCAGAAAGCUCUGCGCCAGGUCUAAGUGUCAGUCAACUGUCCUUUAAGCGACAUUUUAACCUGCUGUCAAAAUCCUGAAUUGGGCUUCACCUUCCUGGACAUUUCCUGGUGUCUGUCACUUGGAAGUGACUCUCCUCUUAUUAGUAGGUAUCUCUAGACUGGUGAGACAGCUCGUGUCAGAGACAAGUACUUGAAUUUCUUCUUGUUGUUGAUUUUUAAGAGUGAUAUUAAAAGACGUUUUCAGUACUGUAA